AUGAUUGAUGAAAACCUGCCGACGUUCUUCCUCAAGAACAACUCACAAAGCACAAACCAGAGUACCAUCUACCACCGUCAGCAUGGAAAUGAGCCGGAGCCCGCCUAUAACUUGCGCUACUUGGACCCCAACCUGCCCACAUCGCGGAAUCGCUACGGCGUCGCCCUCUACGACCCCUACGUGCCGGACGUCGUAUACGGAGAGGUUGCCGUGAUCCCUGAAUGGACACAGCCCAGUUUAUCGGUUGAUACGAUUCGUGCCAAUGGUGGCACUGCUCCUCCCCCAGAGCCUAUCCUCCCUACCGAAUUCUCCAUCCACCUUUACAACCCCGACCAGCAGAUCGUGAUCAAACACCAACCGAAGUCAUGGAACAAGCCCGCACGGUGGGAAUUCGAGAUGCCUCAGCGUACAUUUCGAGUGCCUUCUGCAUCAACCCUCGAUCGGACACAGAGUGACCCCGCCGCGGCAGAUAUAACGCCCAAGCUGCGGUUCAGCUGGCGCAAGGAUGGAAAGCUAUCCAAGGACCUGUCAUGCCUCUUGCACGGCAAGUCUUCCAUGAUCCCAGAGACUCGCACCAAGACUCGGGAGCCGGACAUCACUGUGGCACUAUUCCAGGGCCUGCGGGAGCUAACGCUCUACGAGCCGAAUCUCUACCGGGUGGAAAUGGAAGACUUCAAGGGUCUGGAGGUUGUCCUCCUACUCGCAGCAGUAGCUAUCCGGGACAUCUUCUUUGGCCUCGCCAAGGAAGCAUUUCACAUCGUCGCCGGCGCUCCUCCAAUCGGCACCAGCAAACCCCAAACUGGAGCAACCUCAGGCCGGAAAACCCCAGUAACCCAGCCCCAACAACCAGCAGUCGCAGUCGCAAACGGCAAACCUUCUCCACCACGCCUCACUAUCCCCCAAAACCAAGCUCCAGCACCGACACCACAACCCCGCCCCCGCCAAGACGCCCAAGCGAAGAAAGAAGCCCAGCGCACGCAAGAGCUCCUCGCAGCCGAGAAACGCGCUCAAGAAAAAGCCCAGCGCCAACGCCAAUCCGAAAUCGACGCCGAAACAAAACGUCUUCAGAAACUAUAUGGCCGCGAGGAACAGCAAGUCCGCGCCAGUGCACAAGCCACUGCAAAUAAACCAACACCCACCGCUUCAUCACGCCCACACCUUCCACCUCGUCACACGGGACCAUCAAGGCCAUACUCGCAUCACUACUCGCAAUCCUACUCUCACCUUCCACCUCAACAACCACAACCACAAACCCGCCCACCCAACGCUGUACACCCCACAUUCGCGGGUAGCCCAUACAUGCACGGUUCUGCGGGAGGCCAUCUAGAUCCACGCGCGCAAUCAACAGCACACCUUAUGCAGCCUCGGCCACAGCAAGUCCGGCCACAGUCAACGGUGGGCUUUUAUCAAGCGGCAAAUGGUGGUCUAGCACCAGGGCCUGCACCAGGAGCCCGACCGCAGCAAACUCUGGCUCCGAAGAAGAGUAGUUUCUUUGGAUUCCGCCGGAACAAGGAAGAGGAAGGAGAGAAGCAGAGGAAUCGGUUGGAUAAAAAGCGGAGUUCGAUGUUUUGA